UCUUGUAUCCAUUCUGAUGAGAAGAAGCAACCAAGAUAUGAUGGCUUCCUCACACAACUAUGUUGUUGGUGUUAUAGUUUUUGCCAUAAUCCAACUGAAAGGCAUUGCAGGCUCCCAUGAGCAUCUCCAACAGCUGAAAUCCCUUCACUUCUCACUGUUUCAACAUGAGACCAUAAACAAAACAGGGUAUAUCAUAGUGGAUGGUAUUAAAGGAGGAGCAGGAGUGAGUCAAACCACAACCCCUUUUGGCACCUUAUUUGCCUUUCAGGACCCUUUGACAGUUGCAGCCAACAGAUCCUCCAAACUGGUUGGGAUCUCAGAAGGAACUACAGUCACAUCUAGUCUUGACGGCCUUCGAAGCAUUUCGAUUGCAAAGCUAACUCUUCGUUUGAAGAAUCACAAGGGCUCCCUUUCUGUUGUUGGUGUCACAGAUAACGUCAAAUCUUCCAAUCUUCCAGUCGUAGGAGGCACUGAAGAUUUCUUGUUUGUGCAAGGCUAUGUUACGUCUUCUCCUGUUGAUCUUACGGGUCUCACCGUUGUCUACAAGAUUCAAUUUCAUCUUUACUGGCCUCCCUAUGCCACUCCAUCCUCGUGAGGUACAUUGCAUGGGUAGAAUGCUACAAUCUGUAACGUAUUCCUAAGAUGCAAUUUUUUGUUUUCUUUAGUUUUGUUUUUAAGUUAAAGUUUAAAAUAAAAGCUAGAGUGAAAGAUGUUUGUUAGUUUUUCUUUAGCUGAAAAACUCCUCUUAAGCUAAAAGUGAUUAUAUAUUAUUAUU